AUGGUGAUGCCGUACAAGACGCAGGUCGUCUUCACCUUUUUGGCCGAUUUUCCCGCCAUCCCCUACUUGAUCUUCGCUCUCCGAAAGUGCCUCAAAAGUGGAGACCCGGCACCACUUCUCAUGUUCAUCGGUGGUUUCUUCGCGUCCUCGUUUGAAGCCAUCGUUGACGUUGCGGGCGGCUGCUUCUUCCCCCGUGAAGGUCAAAUCAUUGGCUACGAGUGGUUUGGCCGCCCUGUUCCAGUCUUUGUGCCGCUGAACUAUGGUUGGUUCGUUGGCGGGAUGGGGUACUGGGCCCUGACGCUGCUCCGAAACCCAACCACCACUCGCAGGGACCUCUGGACGCUCUGGGCCAAGUUCAUCGUGAUCAAUCUGAUCCUGGAAUACCCGCCCCUUUAUUUUGGCAUAUACACAUACUAUGGCAACCAACCCUUCCAAGUUCUCGGUUUCCCACUUUGGUUUCCCUGCCUCAAUGCCAUCUCACCUAUUGUUGCGGCCACUAUCACCCACUUGAUUAGUCCCCACCUGACUGGAUGGACACGGUAUGUUAUGGUCACGACAACAGCAUCGUCAUAUGGGUUGUCUCAUGCGGCGUUUGGAUUUCCGCUGUGGAUUGCCCUAAGCACCGGCAAGGGCCUCGCCGUGACUUAUCCAGCUGGGGUUAUCACUUUCGUGCUUCUAGCCACGGGGGUCUGGAUUAUGUCACUGUCACUGCCUGAGAAGCGCUCGGUCCGACUGGAAAGCAGUGCUCGCGUUGCAGGCACGAAGGGGUAG